AUGUAUUACGAAAGUGCCACGUCUCGAUCCCCUGGAUCGCAUCGCCAUCCGCAAACGCUGCACCGGCAGCCAUCACGGCAGUUUGAUGCCUACGGGCAGCUGCCGAGUGGGCUCUAUGCAACAGAUGAGCAUGCACCCCGCUACGAUUCGUCCCGCUUCGAUCGUUUGAACGCGCCGAUGCAGAAUAAUUAUGCUUACGACAUGAACGGCGCGCAAACCUGGAAUCCCAGCGGAUUCGGUGGCAGCGCAGGCGCGCUGGGAGGGUUGGGAACAACUGGUAGAAUGAAGCCGCCCGCGCGACAGCAGCGAAGCGCUCUCCCGUCGACUUGGUUGGACCAAGCCCCGAUACUGCCGAGCGUGAGCCCCUUUGCCGGCAUGGCCAAUUCCCCUGUUGGCAGUGCUGCCCUGCGGUCUGAGCCGGUAGCCAGUGAUGACGAGGAGUUGAUCCCAACGGCCAUUGUGAUCAAGAACAUUCCCUUUGCCGUGAAGAAGGAACAGCUGGUUCAACUCAUGACCGACAUGAGCCUGCCCUUGCCAUAUGCCUUUAACUACCAUUUUGACAAUGGCGUCUUUCGCGGGCUUGCUUUUGCCAACUUCACAACUCCAGAGGAGACAGCCGCCGUCAUUGAGCAUCUGAACCACUUUGAGCUCCAAGGACGUAAGCUGAGGGUCGAGUAUAAGAAAAUGUUACCUUUGGCUGAGCGGGAACGGAUUGAGAGAGAGAAGCGCGAGCGACGUGGACAGCUGGAGGAGCAGCACCGGCCCAUGGUCACUUCACAGCUUCACACGCAGCCGUCCAUGUCCUCUCUGUCCUCUCACAUCCCUGCUACAUCGCCAUCACCUGUGUCGGCGAGGAGUGCCAAGCCAGAGAUUGAUCUCAACGAUCCACAGACUCUUCAAUUCUAUUCGCAGCUCUUGCUCUUCCGUGACGACCUCUCCCGGGAGGCUUUGGUGUUCCCUUCAACCUUGACGCCAACUCAAAGACGGAUCGUGCACACACUCGCCCACCACAUGGCCCUGGCGCACGUAUCUAGAGGUGCAGGCGAGCAGCGACAGGUUCAUGUCUUCCGCGUGCCGCAGGGCGCCAACACGAGUCCUCCUCUCCCCCAGCUGACCGCUGUGCCACCGGUCGCCAGCGAAACGCAGCGACGCGGCUUGAACCGCGCUGCGACGAUUGAUUUCAGCGAGGCUCGAGAGAAUGGAUUCUUUACGCUCGGUCGCCAAGCAUCGGGCCUCCUGGGAAUCCCUGAUUCUCCUGGCCCCUUGUCUGCUGGACAAAACCUGCGAGCUGCAAAGUCAUUUGCCGACCUUCGGUCCUAUACUCCGUCGCCAGUUCCCUCAUCCGCGAGCUUCCCGGCCACCCUCAACCCGAAUGUGCCCAAGUAUAAUGACUUUGGAAGCGGGGCUUCAACCACUCCGAGCCUCACACCCACGGGCAAUUUCUCUCGGGAUGAUAAUCUGCUCGUGAAUGGGCUUGGAGGCAUGUCGCUUGGCGGUGGCAGCCUCAGCGCGGCUGGUGGUAGUCCUCGUGGCCUUCGAGGAAUGAUGUCAUGGGAUCGCGAGCACCCGACUUCAGUUGCUGGACCUAUUGGCAGCAACCGAUCGUUCAGCAUGGGUUACGAUGAUCCGACCAGGGAUCGGGCAUCGGCUAUGCCCCCAAUGAGACAACCACGCGGACCUGCUCCGGAGAGGGGAUCUGGAUUCCCUCGUGGGCGUCAAAAUGGUCACCGGAACCGGGGCAGCGACGAGUUGUCUAGCCAAUCCGGAGUGGAGAUUGUCGUGGAGUAA